CUUCGUUAUGUUUCCUUAGAUGUACCUGUAAGCCUUUUCAGUUUUCGUUCUGCCCGUUCCGAAUAUUGGCGGUUCUGGUCCGGUCCGGUCUCCCAAUGUUCGAUGGACAGUAAGGGUAAUAACGAGCGUCACCUUUCCUUGUCGAAGCAGGUGUCUGAAAACUCAUCAUAACCACGUUGUCAGAGAGUCGAGCUGCGAGAAUUGGUCAAAUAGCCGAGUUUUCAUGGUGAUGAAGUUUGUGGAGCGAAGGGCACUGCACUGUGCACCGAGCUCUGUCUCCACACGCCCUCUCCACAGGCACUCUCUGAACCCAGACACCUCGUCCGUAAAACGAUGAUAAAAAUGACAGAUUUUCUUCGCAGGGUUACUUGCUUUGUGCGUUACACGAGCCGCUUUAGGAUCAUGCGCCCCGAUGAUGCCAACAUCGUGGGCAACGUCCAUGGAGGAACAAUUCUCAAAAUGAUCGAGGAGGCGGGGGGUAUCAUCAGCACUCGUCACUGCAACACCCAGCCUGGGGAGCGCAGCGUUGCCGCUCUGGCCCGUGUGGAACGCACGGACUUCCUGCACCCCAUGUUCAUCGGCGAGGUGGCACACGUGAGCGCGGAGAUCACCUACACCUCCAAGCACUCCGUGGAAGUGCAGGUCAUGGUCAUGGCGGAGAACAUCCUCACGGGAGUAAAAAAAGUAACUAACAAGGCAACGCUGUGGUAUGUGCCCUUCUCAUUGCAAAACGUUGACAAAAUCAUCGAGGUCCCGCCAAUUGAGUACACCAGCCAGGAGGAAGAGGAAGAGGGGAAGAAGAGAUAUGAAGCCCAGAAGAUGGAGAGGAUGGAGACCAAGGAGAGGAACGGGGAUAUCAUCACCCCCGUGACCAGUCCAGACAGGCAAACAAAAGAUGCCUAUACUGUGGGAUUCAGCCAGUCCAGCCUGAUCCAUCUUGUCGGACCAUCUGACUGCACUCUGCACGGAUUUGUACAUGGAGUCAUUAACCAGGAUCCACUGGUGUUUUCAGGCGUUACAAUGAAGCUGAUGGAUGAGGUGGCUGGAAUUGUGGCAGCGCGACACUGCAAGACCAAUAUUGUCACCGCCUCAGUGGACGCCAUCAACUUCCACCGCAAGAUUAAGAAAGGCUGUGUGGUCACGGUCUCUGGCCGAAUGACCUUUGCCAGUAACAAAUCCAUGGAGAUUGAGGUGUUUGUGGACGCAGACCCCAUAGUGGAAGACGCAAAGGGGAAGUACCGCGCUGUCAGUGCCUUCUUUACGUUCAUCUCCCUGGAUAAGGAGGGAAAGCCCCUGCCUGUUCCCCCUCUGAAGCUUGAAACUGAGGAGGAGAAGAAACGCUUCGAAGAAGGGAAAGUGCGCUACCUGCAGAACAAGGCCAAGAGGCAGGUGGAGAAGAAAUGUCAGCAAUGACCUUUCACAUGUCUCGGCUCUCACAUGAAGGAAUGAGCUCAAGAGAUACAGUAGAAACAUUAGAGGAAAACCUUGGAACCCAUAUAUCAUAAUUAGCUAAAUUAAAUUAGUCCUGUGAACAGGGAAGAACUGUUUCAGUUUUACUUGAAUGACUUUGUCUUUUUGAAUAUUAUUUAUGUUUCAGUGCUGCAUACCAAAGCACCUGAAUGUGUAUUUAAGAUUAAAGGUAAAAGCACUAUCUUAUUUAAUCUUGAGAGUAUUUUUAUUUUUAGAGGCUUGAAUCACUACCAGUAUGUGCAAGAAUUAUAAAGUGUGUGUAAUGCACCAUAUAAUAAACAGAUACAGCCUGCUCCAGGCUUCUGAACUCA